UCGAUCUUCGUGGGACUCAGAGUCCGGCCUCCCCCGCAGCUCAGCAGAUUGGCUGGCAGUCAGCUCCCCCGCCCUCCUUACCCUCGAGUCCCAGGUGGCGCAGGUCCCCAGUGGUGAGCUCUGUUUACCGAGAGAGCGGGUCCAGGUGGGGCUCCAUCUAGGCGCCCGCUCGCCACCCAGGAAGCGGGCAGAAAACCUGGCCAAGCCGAACUCGCCUCUCCCCUUCCCCCACCGCCCGGAGAGGUCGGACGGCGAUGACCCCCAAGCCUGCCGGCCCCCCGGACGGGGGCUGGGGCUGGGUGGUGGCGGCCGCAGCCUUCGCGGUGAAUGGGCUCUCCUACGGGUUGUUACGCUCGCUGGGCCUUGCUCUCCCCGACCUCGCGGAGCACUUUGACCGAAGCACUCAGGACACUGCGUGGGUCAGCGCCCUGGCCCUGGCGGUGCAGCAGGCAGCCAGCCCCGUGGGCAGCGCCCUGAGCACCCGCUGGGGGGCGCGCCCAGUGGUGAUGGUUGGGGGCGUCCUCACCUCGCUGGGCUUCGUCUUCUCCGCUUUCGCCCACAGUCUGCUGCACCUCUACCUUGGCCUGGGCGUCCUUGCUGGCUCCGGCUGGGCCCUGGUGUUCGCCCCUGCCCUGGGCACCCUGUCCCGUUACUUCUCCCGCCGUCGAGUCUUGGCCGUGGGGCUGGCGCUCACGGGCAACGGGGCCUCGUCGCUGCUCCUGGCGCCCACCCUGCAGUUCCUCCUUGAUACCUUCGGCUGGCGGGGCGCCCUGCUCCUCCUCGGCGCCAUCACCCUCCACCUCGCGCCCUGUGGCGCCCUUCUGCGACCCCUGGUGCUCCCUGGCGACCCCUUGGCUCCACCCCGCGGGCCCUUAGCUGCCCUCGGCCUGGGUCUCUUCGCGCGCCGGGCCUUCUCAAUUUUUGCUCUGGGCACAGCCCUGGUCGGGGGCGGCUACUUCGUCCCCUACGUGCACCUGGCCCCCCACGCUUUAGACCUGGGCCUGGGCGGGUACGGGGCAGCGCUGGUGGUGGCGGUGGCUGCGGUGGGGGACGCGGGCGCGCGGCUGAUCAGCGGCUGGCUGGCGGACCAGGGCUGGGUGCCCCUCUCGCGGCUUCUGUUGGUGUUUGCGGUCCUGACCGGGCUGGGGGUGCUGGCCGUGGGGCUGGUGCCCCUGGCGGGGAGCCAGGAGGGCUGCGGGGGGGCCCUGCUGGCCGCGGCGGGGGCCUACGGGCUGAGCGCCGGGAGCUACGCCCCGCUGGUUUUCGGCGUGCUCCCGGGGCUGGUGGGCGUCGGAGGUGUGGUACAGGCCACAGGGCUGGUGAUGAUGCUGAUGAGCCUCGGGGGGCUCCUGGGCCCUCCUCUGUCAGGCUUCCUAAGGGACGAGACGGGAGACUUCACCGCCUCCUUCCUCGCCUGCGGCUCUUUCAUCCUCUCAGGCAGCUUCAUCUACAUGGGGCUCCCCGGGGCGCUGCCCUCCUGCGGUCCAGCUCCAGCUCCGGGGCCGGCCCCCCCUCCCCCGGAGAGCGGGGAACUGCUUCCGGUUCUUCCGGUCGCCCUGCUCUCCUCCGAGAACCCCCAGUCCACUCGGGACACCACUUGUUGACGAUCUGCUUGAGCCACUCCCCCAAUAAAGAAUUUCUAUCCGGUU